AUGAUAUUUUGGUUACUAAUACUCUCAACAUUAGGUGUAAAGUGUUCAAAAGGGUUAUAUGAAUAUAAUAAUAAUUGUUUACCAAUGUGUGGUGAUGAAAUACUUGCAGGGUGGGAAGAGUGUGAUGGAGGAAGUGGUUGUGAACUGAAUUGUUCAUGUGCUUUUGGAUGGAAAAGAGAUUAUAAAGGAGGAUGUGUUCCAUCUUCAAAUGGUUUAAGUGUUGGGUUUAGUUUUGUGAUUGAACUUGAAAAAGAUGUUAUUUUGAAAGAGAAUUUAUUCCGAUAUGAACUUGAAAAUGAAAUAUUUAAUGCAUAUAAUUAUGAACUUAAAAACUCAUACACAAACAUUUCUAUGUCUAGAGAUGAAGUUAUUGUAAAAGCUUUUACUAAAGACCAAAUCAAUAACAAAACAAUUGAAGUUAAAUUUAAGUUAACUGGUAGUUCAACUGAAGUUCCUGUUUAUGUAGAUUACUUUAAUUAUAUGAUUUCAAAUUAUUCUUCAUUCUGGUAUAGUCAAAACUCAACAUACUUAAAAGUUAUUAACCCUAUUGAACCAGUUCAUAUUUUUUAUCAAGUUGAUCCAGCAGAAUUUAAUGGAAUUAUCCCGGUAGUGAUAUUAUUCAGUGUUCUCUCAAUUCUUAUUUUAAUUUAA